AUGACCACUUUUCCUAAAGAUGAAGUUAUUAUAGGAAUUGCACUAAGUAGUCUAGCGAUAAUUGUCGCAACUUCUAAAAAUUUCAUAAGAUUAUUCACGCUUUCUGGUGUACAACUUUAUAUCUUUGCAUUGGAUUCAGUAGUUUGUAUGGAUGCUUACCAAGAGUUUGCUUUGAUUGUAUAUCAUCUAGGAACAGGUUAUCGAGGAUCGCAAAAUCUUGGAUAUAUGUUGUAUAAUGUAGAAACAAAUGAUAUUGUUCAAAAAGAACAAUUGCCAAUAUCUAAAGAUUCAACUUUAGAAUGGAUUGGAUUUUCAGAUAAAGGGUUACCAGCAAUGUAUGAUUCUGAAGGAGUGUUAUCUAUUUUACAUCGUCACAGACAAUAUCACCAAGCAAGAUGGAUACCUGUUUUGUAUACUCGUAAUAAUCCAAACCCUGAUGAUGAAGCAUCGUAUUAUUGGCCUGUUGGAUUAAAUGAAAACAAAUUCUUGUGCAUUGCUUGCAAGGAUGGCGAAAGAAUGCCACGUUAUCCAAGGCAAAAGUUUCAUGAAUUUGAUUGGCAAAUCCCUCUUUUAAAUCUUGAUAAGCCAAUUGGUAAAACUGAAGAAGUAUAUGCCCGUAUGAAUCUAUUAAUAAAAUUUGAGUGUGAUGAAAUCAGGGCAAAGAAAAAGUCAAUUGAUGAAGAAAAACAAAAAGAACUUGUUAAGAAACAUUUGGAACUCGAUAAAAUGUUGUUAACGACUAUAAGAACGUCAUGUAAAGAAUCAAGACUACAGCAUGCAUUAGAUUUAGCAAAGUUAUUAAAUUCAACGAAAUCCUUGGAAUCAGCUAUUAAAAUUGCAUCAUUUUAUGAGUCCCAUUCGUUAGCUGAAAAAAUACAUAAAUUAAAAUCAGAUAAAUUAAUUAAACAAAAUGAGAAUUCUUAA